GCAGAGCCACAGAGCAGGACGGAGCUGCAAGGAGCGAGCGAGCGACGCGUUAUUACUUCACCAACAAACAAGCAGAUACCGAUAGUCGAGAGGAGCCAGUCAAAUAAGACAGCCGCUUUUAUUCCUUUUCUCAAAGGUCAGCGCGGAUGAAGAACGAAAGCUAGAAAGAAUCCAUAUGAGGAGUCGUUGUUGUGACAGUUUUCAGCUGCUCCGGUUUGGAGCGAAUACGUGCGCGUCAGUGUUUCCCGGCUUCCUUUCCACCUGGAGUUGUAUGACCUUAAGUGUUGGCUAGACUUCCACCGCCGAAAUGAGAGCUCAAAUAGAAGUGAUACCGUGUAAAAUCUGUGGGGACAAAUCAUCAGGGAUUCACUAUGGUGUCAUCACCUGUGAAGGCUGCAAGGGUUUCUUUCGUCGCAGCCAGCAGAACAAUGCGAUGUACUCUUGCUCACGACAGAGGAACUGCCUAAUUGACCGGACCAACCGUAAUCGCUGUCAGCACUGCCGGCUGCAGAAGUGUCUCGCUCUCGGCAUGAGCCGCGAUGCUGUCAAGUUUGGCCGAAUGUCCAAAAAGCAGCGCGACAGCCUGUACGCAGAGGUCCAGAAGCACCAGCAGUCCCAGGAGUGCGCGGGGGUCGGCGCCCGCGAGGAGAGCGGAGACGCCGUCGACCACGGCCGCCCCUACAGACGAGGCUCCAGCGCCACGCUCAGCGAUCUGGACGACAUUACCACGCUGCCGGAGGGCCUGCUGUUCGACCUGCCGCUGACCCCGGAGGACGGAGGCGGCGAAUACUGUAACCUGGACAUGCUGGGCGGAAGUGGAGGCAGCAGCUCAUCCUCUCAGAGUUCACCAGAACAGACCAACUUGGACUUUGUCGACGGCAACCACAGCAUCAAGCACGAGUACCAGCUGUUGCACGAUUCUGGACUCUUCUCACACGCUAUCCUCAACCCAGUGCCCGAGGGCUGCUCCCUGCUUGAGAUCGAGCGCAUAACCCAGAGUGUGGUGAAGUCCCAUAUUGAGACAAGCCAGUACAGCACAGAGGAGCUGAAGAGAAUGGCGUGGACCUUGUAUAGCCCAGAAGAGACGCGAUCAUACCAGACCAAGUCGGCUGAGGUGAUGUGGCAACAAUGUGCCAUUCACAUCACCAAUGCAAUCCAGUACGUGGUGGAGUUUGCCAAGCGCAUCACUGGCUUCAUGGACCUCUGUCAGAAUGAUCAGAUUAUCCUCCUCAAAGCAGGCUGCAUGGAUGUCCUUCUGAUCCGUAUGUGUCGGGCCUACAACCCCAUAAAUAACACAUUGCUCUUCGACGGAAAAUUUGCCCCCGCUCAGCUUUUCAAAUCUCUCGGCUGUGACGACCUGGUGAAUUCAGUGUUUGACUUAGCUAAAAGCCUGAGCCGUACGCAGAUGUCCGAGGAAGAGAUGGCGCUCUUCAGUGCUGCCGUGCUGCUCUCGCCAGACCGACCCUGGCUGACAGACGUCCAGAAGAUCCAGAAGUUGCAGGAGAAAGUUUAUGUGGCUCUGCAGCGCUGCCUACAAAAAGAGGGAGCAUCUGAAGAGAAACUAGCGAAGAUGGUGUCUAAGCUUCCCACAAUGAGGUCCAUUUGCAAUCUUCACAUUGACAAACUGGAGUUCUUCUGUCUGGUUCACCCCGAGACAGCAUACACUUUCCCCCCGCUGUACAGAGAGGUGUUUGGCAGUGAAAUCACCUUCCCAGACUCCACAGAGGGCUAACACCAUUUAGCUAAACAGCAUGAUUCAAAUAGUGACAUUGAGGUGUAGGGAGAGGGAGAUUAAAAUGUGGCAACCAGCUGAAGCAAAACCAACCAGCAGCUCAAUGACAAUCCUGCACGCUACACUUUAGCACACACUCCUCUCACCUCUGAACUCCCGACCCUGCGGAGUAGCUUUCACUGCCCUGCAAGCCAGUCUUUUCAACUUAACACUAACAGAAGCUGCUGCUGGGCAAUUAGUGCAUGUUACCUCCUUUUCUAGGGAGUUAAAAUGAUUCAAAGCGUAGCCUACAUCGUUUGUAUUCUCAAAAAUAUUUUUCUAUCAGAAGACCUUAAAACCUUUCAUCGAGUUGGAAUUCCUUUCUAAUGUAAAUCUGACUUUCGUUCUCACAGUUCCUGUAAGCUAUCGUUGAAUGUACCCCUCUUCCCUUCAACCAUUCAGCACAGCCCUAGGCUCGAUAUAGAAUGUACAUACUUUAAAAGUCCUCACCCACUUUGUGGAGAUUUUGCAGUAAUGAUGCCUGUUUUCGGUUGUCCGUCUAGUGACAGUUUAUUGUUUCAAUCAGUAUGUUUGGUAGCACCCAUCAUUUUUGCAGUUUUGUAACGUAUGAACAAACUGUUUAAAGGGACCAUGAUCAAACUCGCAAGCAGACAAGGUUUUUUUUUUUUGUAUCUGUGUGAAUCAUGGGCAAACAUUCAGCGUGUCUGUCGCCAUGCACUUACAAACUUUUGCACACAGAGCACAAAGCAUAGCACUUAAGCUUAAAGCGUUGUAGGUAUUUUUAUUAGCACACCCUCAGACAGCUCUUUAAUUUUUCUUUUUUUUUUUUUUUAAAAUGCAAUCAAUGACCUCAGUCCUAAUACCUUUUUCCCUUUGCAAAUGCCACUUAGAGAAUGAGAGUGAGAGAAUCACAGAGGUAUUGUGAAAGUAUUUUCAGAUGUUCCUUUUUAUAUAUUAUAUAGAUAAAUAUAUAUGUAAGACAUCUAUAAUCAUGUAACUUAAAGAUUUCAUACAAAGCGAGGAGGAGGAGGAAGGUAACGUGCUUGUGCUCAGGUCUCUCAAAUAGAUACUGCCUGCCCACACUUUGGGGUUCUGGGAUAGAAAGAUUGUUGCUGAACUAACAAAACAAAAAAGAAUCUGGAUAAUUAGCACUUAUGAGCCCUUGUUAGAAUCCUAAAAUGGUCUUUCGGCACAGGAUUCUACGGGUUCGCACUCAAACUGCCAUCUGUGAAACUCAACCAGAAACACCCUCCCGCUGUAGAUAAAGCUGUAUGACGGAGGUGCUGGGACCACUGCAUGGGGUUUUAAUCUGCCCCCCCAUUUGGAAAAACCUCCAGCACCUCCAGCGGGUUCAAAAGACUCUGGACUAAAGAAAGAAACGGGACAAAUGUGCACCUACACGGUCGGACGAGUGGGCAAACGAAUAGAAAGGUGGUGUUGUUUAAGCUUCUUAGCUGUCAGUAAAAAGGGGAUUUACUGUCUGCAUCAGCUUUCCCUCUUCGGGGUCGGGGGCGGAUGAUGCUGUCGAAGGUGUUCUGAUUGGAGAAUUAAAUCUUCUAUUCCUUAUUCCCCACUUCCUUACUACCUCACCCUCUUCAAACACUACAUGGCACAGCAAAGGGUUGACAGAGCCAUCAGCUACCCCCCUGAGUUCAUAUACGCGCAGUCGUACUAGAGAGCUUCGUCAAAAACAUAACAGCUAGUGUUGAGAUUCCAACGCCAUCGUCAAAACCACGUUUGUUAAAACUGGACAGGAGACAACAGCAAAGUGAAAUGCUGGAUUUGCAUACGUUUAGGACGUCUUCUCUGACCGCUACGCUGUCAGUGUCAGAGUAAUUCACACCUGUAGGGUCCAGGAAGACAGAUGUAGGUCGAUCUCGAGUGAAGUCUCUGGAGACACCUGAGGGAACCUUUCGAGUAAAGGGGGCGUAUUGGGUUUCUGUAAAAACAAAAGUAUUACUUUACCAGUACGCCACAGAAGCCAUGAGAGAAGAACAGCUGCAAUUGGAGAAAACAUUGCUGUAAUUUCUACCUUUUAUGACAAUCACAUGACAGAUGUCUGUCUCUGUGUAAUAUUUAAGCCAGGUUUUUUUUUUUUGCUUUGCACUGCUGGGACAGUGCUGUUCGCCAGACACCACGUUAUCUCAGCUAGAAUGAAGGGGAUGUGACCCUUGUCUUGGUACUUAAGACAGUGGCAUUGUGGGAUUGUGCAAUAAUGUCUUUCCCAUUGUUCUCAGUACGUCGGGUCUCCGCCGCCGCGUACUACGGUUAUUAUUCUCACAAGCACUCCAGCGCAGUUUAUCUCACAGCACAACGAAUAUGAUUUACCAAAUACGCAAGCCAACUUCUUUUUGCAAACGAGCUGAAAAGCGGCCGCAACGGCACUCAUAGAUUGUAACAAAGUGCAAUACUUUGUGCGUCGAAGCCUGAGAAUGUUAAGACUGAUUUCAAGUGAUUCAGUGUAUUUUAGUAACUUUAGCAGGCUUUAAAAAAAAAAAGAAAUCUGUCCAGGGGGCAGAACUUAUGAUCUGCACUUACAUUUCCGUUUAGAGUCACUCAGGGAGAUAGCUGGGCUCUCUGUCCUACAGUGUCUGCAGUUAGUCUAGCUAGCAAGACACCUUGCACCAACAUAGAAGACCUUUAAACCUUGAUCACUGUGUACAGUACAUGUUCUUGUGAAUGUUUGAUUACAGAACUAUCAAAGAUUUUACCCCUGUCUAAUAUCAUUAUUGCAAAACUUUUUUUUUUUUUUGAGUUUGAGUCAUAGAUUAAAUAGGAUAUUAAAAAA